UAUAGUGAGAAGGUUACCCUUCUGAGUAAUACCCCUCCCCACCUUCUCACUAUUUAGGGUCCCCAAGUGCUUGACAGCCAAGCUGAUUGUUGGGUGCCCAUUGGGCAAGUGCAAAGGGUGUUUUGUAAGCCACCCAGAGCUGCUGUUUUAAACUUCUGAAGUCCUUGAUUUAAAGAGGGAAUGUGGGGAAGCUUUGCAAAGGGCUUUAAGGGCAAGAGCAAGCGCUGGAAGCAAGCAGGUGGGCAGAGAAGACUGAACACAACUGGAGUUAAUAGGCUCAAAAACGCAAGUCUAGCUGCUGCAUUUGGCACCGGCCGAAGUUUCCGAACACUUCAGCAGCCCAGCAAAGUGUGUGCUGCAGUCAUUGUCCGGAAGCACCCAAGACCACAAGCUUGGUUUUUCAAGGAAAUUGCUAUCCCUUCCAGUAAAGGUGUGUGUCUAAUCUUGGAUUGGCUUUCCUACUGAUCAGAAGUGCCUCUGUCUUGUCUGGCUUAAAGUAUCAACUCAUUAGCCCACAUUCAACCCACCACUGCUCUCAAGUUGCAGUUCAGGAUCUCCACACCCUCCCUGGACGGACGGAAGGAAAUGCGAGCUAGAGAUGGGUGUCUGCAGCAUAUUACUGACACCAGAUAACCUCCUAGCUGUUUCAUGUGGGUGUGAAAUAACGCAGGGGACACACUGGAGACCUUUGUGAUGUAGGACAGAGGUCAAGGAAUUAAACACGAAUCCCUAAACGCCAUGUUCAGCAACUGACUUGCAAGAUAAGACUACAGCCACUGCUAAACAGCGCCUCCCAUCCCAAAGGGAUGGUCAAUGGUAUUAAAAGCUUGUUGCAAGGUCCAACUGGCCUGCAGUCCCCUUGUCCAGCUCACAGCACAGGCAAUCCACUAGUGUGACAGAUAUUUCAGUGCCAAAGCCAUACUGCAAAGGAUAAAGAUCGUACAUUGAGCACUUUGCCCAAGUAGCAUAAAUAGGAAACCAGCAGGUAAUCGCCUAGGAUGGUGGGAUCUGAUGAAGGCUCCUUUGAUAAUGCCUUACAACUCAGUCCAUAUGGUACUUCACCAUUCUUUACAACCUGCCCCAUCCAAUUGACCUGCCAUGCUCUGGCUGCCUUAAGGAGUCAGGAUGGGCGAAGGCCAAGAGGACAGAUGAUCAGCCUAACACCUCCAAGCACCCUGUCCACAUCCUCAGGCUAAAACAUACCUGUUAAAACAGGAUGAGCAGGUAACAGCAUAAGAAGUGCCCUUGCUGGAUCAGAUCAAAGGCCUAUCUAACUCCACUUCCAGUUCUCACAGCAGCCAACCACAUGCCUAUGUGAAACCUGCAAAAAAGUUAUGAAUGCAACAGCAGUACCAGAUGACAGCAGGGAUAGCUCAGUCUGGAGAGCAUGAGGCUCUUAAUCCCAGGGUAGGGGGUUUGAUUCCUGCAUUGACUAGAUGACUCUAGAAGGUCCCUUCCAACUCUACAGUUCUAUGAUUCUACCAAGGCUUCCAUAGACUUCACAAUGAGAACGGGAUCUAUUUUGAAACAAACACGAAUGACUUUAUCAGCAAGGUGCCUUGCAAACUGGUUGCUCUAGGCCAACACAGUGCCCUUUCCCCCUCAGAAUACUUAACCCCUUGGAACAGCUCCGCUAGAUGACAAGCCAUUGGUAGGAAGAUGGCAGAGAAAGUUGAUGGACAACCAUCAAGGGAUGGACAACCUGUGGCUUCCAGAUGCUGCUAGACUCCUGCUAGACUCCAGCUCCCAUCACUUCUGGUCAUUGGCUGGUGGAGGCAGAUGAAAGAUGUCCUACAACAUCUAGAGGGCCACAGGUUCCACAUACCUAUGUUUUGUUGGAUUUGUGAUGUGUCUUCCAAGGUCUACUCAACAGAUUCAAUGUCCUGAACUCAGGAAAAAAAUGGAGCAUUCAGUAGAAUCAAAUGGGAAAGCUUUUCCAUGGCCUCUACUACUUCAAGAUGAGGGUGGGUAUUUGCAAAUUUGAAUUCUUCCCAGUGGGGACAGGUAACUCCUUCUACAUAGGAAACGAUUCAGCCCAGCUUCCUUGAGAUAUAUUUCCCUGCAUGCAAGGAGCUUUUCCCAAAAAAACUUGUCCAUGGCAGAAGCAUUCAAACAAGCCACCCCUACACAAAGCCAGAAGUGGCAGAGUCCCAGGAAAAGAACCGGGUUCUGCUCAGAGAAUAAAACAGAGCCAAGAGGAACUAGCUCCUAUCAUUUCAAGUGGGGAAGGGGACAUGGGCAGAUGGCUUCUGCUGAGCCCACCACCUGAGAGUGAGUGAGUGUUCAGUGAUGUAAAUGGCAGGAGCAGGAAAGGGGAGGUUGCCAAGGGUGAUUAUGACCUUCCUCCCCUGCACUGUGAUGCUCAAUGGCACUCCCUGGGGGUGGCAUGCAUGGCUUGGGGUCCUUGGCACCCAGCUGCCUAGAGCGAGACAGCAGUGAGAACAUCAACAUCCACAGCUGCUGUUGCUAAUCGGGAGCGAGAGUGAGCACUACUUGAGGCACCAUGCGUGAGUGCAUCUCCAUUCACGUUGGCCAGGCUGGAGUUCAGAUCGGCAAUGCAUGCUGGGAACUCUUCUGCCUGGAGCAUGGAAUUCAGCCAGAUGGCACCUUUGCGGAAAAGAACCAUUCCAAUAAUGACGACUCCUUUGCUACGUUCUUCAGAGAGACUGGCAACGGGAAGCAUGUGCCGCGAGCUAUCAUGGUGGACUUGGAGCAAACUGUAGUCGAUGAAGUGCGGGCUGGCACCUACCGUCAGCUUUUCCACCCGGAACAGCUGAUCACUGGCAAGGAAGAUGCAGCUAAUAACUACGCCCGUGGCCACUACACCAUCGGGAAGGACAGGAUUGAGCUAGCACUGGAUCGCAUUCGAAAACUGGCGGACACCUGUUCUGGGCUACAAGGAUUCCUGAUUUUCCACAGCUUCGGAGGAGGCACAGGUUCUGGCUUUACCUCCCUGCUGAUGGAGCGCCUGUCUGUGGACUAUGGCAAGAAGUCCAAGCUGGAGUUUGCCAUCUACCCAGCCCCCCAGGUUUCCACUGCGGUGGUGGAGCCCUACAAUUCUAUCCUGACCACCCACACCACCUUGGAGCAUUCCGACUGCGCCUUCAUGGUGGACAACGAGGCCAUCUACGACAUCUGCCGCCGCAAUCUGGACAUUGAGCGCCCCACGUACACCAACCUGAACCGCCUCAUCAGCCAGAUUGUCUCCUCCAUCACCGCUUCCCUGCGUUUCGACGGCGCCCUCAACGUGGACUUGACUGAGUUCCAGACCAACCUGGUGCCUUACCCUCGCAUCCACUUCCCCUUGGUCACCUAUGCGCCCAUCAUCUCCUCUGAGAGGGCUUACCACGAGCAGCUCUCAGUGGCCGAAAUCACCAGCUCCUGCUUUGAGCCCAACAACCAGAUGGUGAAAUGCGACCCCCGCCAUGGGAAGUACAUGGCCUGCUGCAUGCUCUACCGAGGUGAUGUGGUGCCCAAAGACGUCAACGUAGCCAUUGCUGCGAUCAAGACCAAGAGGACAAUCCAGUUUGUGGACUGGUGCCCAACUGGCUUCAAGGUUGGCAUUAAUUACCAGCCGCCAACUGUAACCCCUGGAGGAGAUCUGGCCCAAGUCCAGCGCGCUGUCUGCAUGCUCAGCAACACCACUGCCAUUGCUGAAGCCUGGGCAAGGCUAAAUCACAAGUUCGACCUGAUGUUUGCCAAGAGAGCGUUUGUGCACUGGUAUGUUGGUGAGGGCAUGGAAGAAGGGGAGUUUGUAGAAGCUCGAGAGGACCUGUCCGCCCUGGAGAAGGACUAUGAGGAAGUGGCAACUGACUCGUUUGAGUCGGUACUCGACAGCGAGGAAAUCUAA